AUGGCUCCCCACGCCGAGGUCGACACGGGCUCCUUCACUGGAAAUGGACACACUACCAAUGGCACCUCCCAGGCUCCUGCUGGGAGCUCUGCUCACAAGGACCUGUUCCAGGUCAACUCCCCCAACGUCGUGUACACGGACUCUGAGAUCCAGUCCAAGUACACUUACCGCACCACUCUGGUGAACAAGGGUGACGAUGGCAAGUUCGUUGCAACCCCCCAAGAGACUGUGUAUGACUUCAAGGUCGAUCGCAAGAUCCCCAAGACCGGUGUCAUGCUUGUCGGUUGGGGUGGAAACAACGGAACCACCGUCACUGCCGGUAUCAUUGCUAACCGCCGUGGGCUGGUCUGGGAGACCCGCGAGGGUCCUCGUGCUGCCAACUACUACGGCUCCGUCAUCAUGGGCUCUACCAUGAAGCUCGGAACUGAUGCCAAGACUCACCAGGACGUCAACAUUCCUUUCCAUGACGUUCUGCCCAUGGUACACCCCAAUGACAUUGUCCUUGGAGGCUGGGAUAUCAGCGGCCUGGACCUUGCCGCUGCCAUGGACCGUGCUGCUGUUCUUGAGCCAACCUUGAAGCAACAGGUCCGCAAGGAGAUGGCUGAGAUGCGCCCGCUUCCCAGCAUCUACUACCCCGACUUCAUUGCUGCCAACCAGGAGGACAGAGCUGACAACCUGAUUGCUGGGUCCAAGGCUUCCAAUGCCCAUGUUGAGCAGAUCCGCAAGGACAUUCGUGACUUCAAGGCCACCAACAACCUGGACAAGGUUAUCGUGCAGUGGACUGCCAACACUGAGAGAUAUGCUGAGAUCAUCCCCGGUGUCAACGACACUGCUGAGAACCUCCUGAAGGCAAUCGAGGAGGGCCACGAGGAGGUUGCCCCCUCCACUGUCUUCGCUGUGGCCUGUAUUCUUGAGAAUGCUCCCUUCAUCAACGGUUCUCCCCAGAACACCUUUGUUCCUGGUGCCAUUGACCUGGCUGAGAAGCACGGUGCCUUCAUUGGCGGUGAUGAUUUCAAGUCUGGUCAGACCAAGAUGAAGUCCGCCCUGGUUGACUUCUUGAUCAACGCUGGUAUCAAGCUCACCUCCAUUGCAAGCUACAACCAUCUUGGCAACAACGACGGCAAGAACUUGAGCUCCCAGAAGCAGUUCCGCUCCAAGGAGAUCUCCAAGUCCACUGUCGUCGAUGACAUGGUUGCUGCCAACAACGUCCUCUACAAGGAGGGUGAGCACCCGGACCACACCGUCGUCAUCAAGUACAUGCCCGCUGUUGGCGACAACAAGCGUGCCCUUGACGAGUACUAUGCCGAGAUCUUCAUGGGUGGUCACCAGACCAUUUCCAUCUUCAACGUCUGCGAGGACUCCCUCCUGGCUUCCCCGUUGAUCAUCGAUCUCGUCCUGGUCACCGAGAUGAUGACCCGUAUCCAGUGGAAGGCCGCAUCCAGCGACGGCGCCACCACCAAGGACUACAAGACCUUCCACAGCGUGCUGAGCAUUCUCAGCUACAUGCUCAAGGCUCCCCUGACGCCCCCUGGCACCCCGGUCGUCAACGCCCUGGCCAAGCAGCGUGGCGCGCUCACCAACAUCUUCCGUGCCUGCGUUGGUCUCGAGCCCGAGUCUGACAUGACUCUCGAGCACAAGCUCUUCUAG